ACUUGAUCUGUAAUUGUGGUUAAUGAUAGUGUGUGAAAGAAGUUGCACUGUAGUAAGUAUACAUUUGUUCCACUUUCGCUCAAUUUUCUUGUUGGUGACCCCUAAAAUACCUAUUGAGUUUUCUCACAUUAAAUAAAAUUGUAUUAACUAUUUCAGCUGGACAUAUUGAAUUGUAUCCACAGCAUCGCAUCAGAUCAUAAUUAAAUUAAUUCAUACUAGACCAUGCGCUGCACAACAACGGACUCAUCAAAGACUCUGAAAUUAACAAAAAUCCCAAAAGAAUAUGGGAAGAAACAAAUUCUAGAAAAAUGGUAAACCCAAAAUAGAUGGAGUCGUAGAGGUCAAAACUGAAUAGUCCUAAUAUGGACGACAGGGAGAGCGUAAUGAGAGGACCUAAAGACACGAGAAAACGAGAAACUGAAUUUAAAUGAACUAUAAAAACGUCAUUUAACAAUUGAAGAACAAAAAAAAAAUAAAAACAAACCCUAAACCCAACAUACACUAACCCAUUCGUUUUCUAACACUUGAAAACAAAAAUAUUAUAAACUUUAUUAAUCAUAUAAGGUUCAUUAUUAAUGAAGGGUGGGGUUAAACUAUGGGCCGUGUGCCUAUGUCUGGCGCUGACGACCGUCGUGAUAGUCCAAGCGGAGGAUCCUUACUUUCACCACGUGUGGAACGUGACGUACGGAACCGCAUCUCCUCUCGGUGUUCCACAACAAGUCAUUCUCAUCAACGGUCAAUUCCCUGGUCCUAACCUCAACUCAACUUCUAACAACAACAUCAUCGUUAAUGUCUUCAACAACCUAGACGAGCCUUUCCUCCUUACUUGGAAUGGAAUCCAGCAUAGGAAGAACUCAUGGCAAGCAGGGACUGCCGGAACAAUGUGUCCCAUCCCACCGGGUACUAACUUCACAUACCAUUUCCAGCCAAAGGAUCAGAUCGGUAGCUACUUCUACUACCCUACCACGGCAAUGCAUCGUGCCGCGGGUGCCUUUGGUGGCCUCCGUGUGAACAGCCGUCUUCUUAUCCCGGUCCCAUAUGCUGACCCUGAAGAUGACUACACUGUCCUUAUCAACGAUUGGUACACCAAAAGCCACACUCAGCUCAAGAAUUUCCUAGACAGUGGCCGUACUAUUGGCCGUCCAGACGGCAUUCUCAUCAAUGGUAAGGCCGGAAAAGGCGACGGCUCUGACCAGCCUCUUUUCACAUUGAAGCAAGGGAAAACCUACAGAAUUCGGAUAUGUAACGUGGGUCUCAAGGCAUCUCUCAACUUUAGGAUUCAGAACCACAAGAUGAAGCUUGUUGAGAUGGAAGGCUCACACGUUCUCCAAAAUGAUUAUGACUCACUUGACGUUCACGUUGGUCAAUGCUUUGGCGUGAUCCUUACGGCCAACCAAGAACCUAAAGAUUACUACAUCGUAGCUUCCACAAGGUUCUUGAAAAACGCUUUGACUACCACAGGGCUUCUCCGCUACGAGGGAGGCAAAGGUCUUGCCUCUUCUCAGCUACCAGCGGCUCCCGUUGGCUGGGCUUGGUCUUUGAACCAGUUCCGCUCUUUCAGGUGGAACUUGACAGCCAGCGCAGCUAGACCUAACCCACAAGGCUCUUACCAUUACGGAAAGAUUAACAUCACUCGCACCAUUAAGCUUGUGAACACUCAGGGCAAGGUCGACAGCAAGCUCAGAUACGCUUUGAACGGAGUCUCGCACAUAGACACCGAGACCCCCUUGAAGCUCGCUGAGUACUUUGGUGUUACCGAUAAAGUUUUCAAGUACGACAGCAUUUCCGACAACCCUACCUCGGAUCAGAUCAAGAACAUAAAGAUAGAACCCAAUGUUCUCAACAUCACUCACCGCAACUUCAUCGAAGUCGUAUUCGAGAACCACGAGAGGAGUGUCCAGUCUUGGCAUUUGGAUGGCUACUCCUUCUUCGCUGUAGCGGUUGAGCCAGGAACAUGGACACCAGAGAAGAGGAAGAACUACAACCUUCUAGACGCAGUGAGCAGACACACAAUCCAAGUCUACCCCAAGUGUUGGGCUGCAAUAUUGCUCACAUUCGAUAAUUGUGGGAUGUGGAACAUUAGGUCGGAGAAUUCUGAGAGACGGUACUUGGGACAGCAACUCUACGCAAGCGUCUUGUCGCCGGAAAAAUCCCUCCGGGACGAAUACAACAUGCCGGAGUCAAGUCUCCAAUGUGGUCUGGUCAAGGACAAACCUAAGAUCAACCCCUAUGCUGGAGCCUAAUUUUUUUCUUUAAUUAAUACUUUUAUUUAACAAACAAAAAGAGUUUGGCUUUUCUGUUGUUGAAGUCAGUUUCGAACCCGAACGGAUUAACUUUUUAAAAAAAUGUUUUGGGGGUC